GUACCGUACCACACGGUCGUCGGUACGAUACCGGUAGAUCAAGUCGAAACUCACAAAAACAGAAAGAACAAACCAACACCAAAAAAAAAAGAAGAAAACACUGAAGACCAUGACUAAAUCAAAACUUUUGGAAGCCACUAACUAUGCCACUUACAUCCUGGGUCGACAUUUGCUGGAUCAAGGAGCUGUGAAAAUCGACUGGCCCGGUGUUCGACUGGAUUUUGAUGGCCCCUUCACCCAAACCUCCUCCAUUCAGGUCCGUAUGACAGGAAAUGGUGCAACUUUCGGCUAUCGCUUGACUCCCAUUGGAGAGGAUCAACAUAGUUUGAGCAAAGAUGAAGAUAAUGAAUUUGUGAUUGUAUCGUCCCGACGAAACAGGAUGAAGGACUAUCCCCUGCUAUCUCUGGCAAAUGCCACCGCAAAACUGGACCCCAACGCGUCCUACAAAUUGUCCAUUUGGAAAAUGGGCGAUCCCUGCAAUGGCGGUUCUACCAUUGCUGGUUUGGUAGUGGAUAAUGCAUGCCCAGCAAUACCAGCUGAAAAACCAUGCAUGUCACUUCCACUUCCAGAUAGAAAGCUGAUUGAAUUCGUCGGCGACUCCAAUACGGUUGGAUACGGAAUCAAAGGCAAGAGAUCCGGAUUCUUCUAUCAUGUUCUGUGCGAGAUACCGUUGAUCGCGUGCUUCAAUGCACCCAAGAGACUUGUAAAGACCACAGACGCCACAAGAUCCUGGGCUCCUCUUAUAGCACAUGCCCUUGAAGCGGACCACCAUGUUAUUGCAUGGAGUGGGAUUGGAGCUCAACAUUCGGCUUGGAGCAACACGACAAUGAAUCAUGCUUAUGGAAGGCUGUUGGCGUCCGAUCCCAAGACAUAUGUAAAGGAGCUUCCAGGGCCUCCUCCAGAUGCUGUGAUCGUCAUGAUUGGACAAAAUGACACCGUCAACACAAUCACCAAUCCAGCCAGACUCCAAGAAUCGUUCUCCACGCUUUUGAAGCAGAUUCGGCAGUAUAGACCUGCACCCAUACCAAUCCUCCUUGUAGUUCCCACACCAGACUCCAGCAUGGCAUGUGUGAGGACCAACAAGGAAAACAAGAAGAAGGCCACAAUGUUGAACCAAGCUUGGAAGUCUGUCAUUAUGUCAAGCGAUCAGGAUUGGUCUCAUGUGCACUUGAUUGAAAAUAACCAUGUACCCAGCCUUCAUUCGCAAGAUGACUACGGGAUGUUCUUGCAUUGGAAUGAGAGCGGAAAUGAGAAGUGGGCUCGUGGAUUGCUUCCAAAGGUGAAAGGGAUAUUGAAAUGGGAUCAGUGAGCUUCUCUGACAAUAGACGAACGUAGAUUUGCAGGGUUCCGGAUAUGUCAUAUUCGCCCACAUCGCUACGCUUCUCGCUCAAAACAAAAGAGAUGACACUAACUGGAUGGCGUUGACAGCAUGAUGAAGUACUGGCUAUUUAGCCAGCUGAUUGUUGUCGUUUGCAAGUUACCAAACCCUAACGAGCUGUAUAUUGAAUAAAUAAUAGCUAGAAUACAAAGGCAAAAUAGCCCAGCACC